AUGUCUAGCAAACCAAACACAGAAACAAGUUUCCUGUUGGGGAAUGCCCAGAUAGUGGAAUGGCCAGUAGUAUACAGUAAUGACGGGUUUUGUAAGCUGUCGGGGUACCACAGGGCAGAAGUCAUGCAAAGGAGCAGCACAUGCAGUUUCAUGUAUGGGGACCUGACAGACAAGAACACAAUAGAUGAAGUCAGGCAGACCUUUGAUAACUAUGAAUCACAUUGCUUUGAAGUGCUGCUUUAUAAGAAGAACAGGACACCCAUAUGGCUCUACAUGCAGGUGGCUCCCAUCAGGAACGAGAACGACAAGGUGGUUCUGUUCCUGUGUACCUUCAAAGACAUAACUGUCUUCAAGCAGCCUAUUGAGGACGAAUCCACCAAGGGAUGGAACAAGUUUGCCCGGCUGACCCGGGCACUGACCAGCAACAGCCGCAGCAACAUGCAGCAGCUGACGCCCAUGAACCAAGUCAACGAGGUCAGCCACAAGCACUCCAGACUGGCUGAGGCUCUCCAGCUGGGCUCGGACAUUCUCCCCCAGUACAAGCAGGAGGCGCCCAAGACGCCGCCCCACAUCAUCCUCCAUUACUGCACCUUUAAGACCACCUGGGACUGGGUCAUCCUCAUCCUCACCUUCUACACAGCCAUCAUGGUGCCCUACAAUGUCUCUUUCAAGACCAAGCAGAACAAUUUGGCCUGGCUCGUGCUGGACAGCGUGGUAGAUGUCAUCUUCCUUGUGGACAUUGUGCUCAACUUCCACACCACCUUCGUUGGGCCUGGUGGAGAGGUCAUUUCGGACCCGAAGCUGAUUCGAAUGAACUACCUGAAGACCUGGUUCGUCAUUGACCUGCUGUCCUGCCUGCCCUACGACAUCAUCAAUGCCUUUGAAAACGUAAAUGAGGAUUCCAUCUCAGACUCUUUGGCAGUGGGGCACCUGCGAGAGUCAUCCAGUUCGCAGAGGAACGCCACGAGGGCAGAAGACUCAGUUCUCCCAGGCCUCAGCAGCCUCUUCAGCUCACUGAAGGUGGUCCGACUUCUCCGCUUGGGCCGCGUGGCCCGGAAGCUUGACCAUUACCUGGAGUACGGGGCGGCGGUCUUGGUUCUACUGGUGUGUGUCUUCGGCCUGGUGGCCCACUGGCUGGCCUGCAUCUGGUACAGCAUUGGGGACUACGAGGUCAUUGACGAAGCCACCAACACAAUCAAGACAGACAGCUGGCUCUACCAGUUGGCCACGAGCAUUGGCUCACCCUACCGCUACAACGCCAGCGGCUCUGGCCAGUGGGAGGGUGGCCCAAGCAAGGACACACUCUACAUCUCCUCUCUCUACUUCACCAUGACCAGUCUCACCACCAUCGGCUUUGGCAACAUCGCUCCCACAACAGACGGCGAGAAGAUCUUCUCUGUGGCGAUGAUGAUGGUGGGCUCCCUACUGUAUGCCACCAUUUUUGGGAACGUCACCACCAUCUUCCAGCAGAUGUACACCAACACUAACCGCUACCACGAGAUGCUCAACAAUGUGCGUGACUUUCUCAAACUUUACCAGGUGCCAAAGGGACUGAGCGAGAGGGUCAUGGAUUACAUCGUCUCUACUUGGGCCAUGUCCAAGGGCAUUGACACAGAUAGGGUCCUGUCAAUCUGUCCCAAAGAUAUGCGAGCAGACAUCUGUGUCCACCUUAAUAGACAGGUGUUCAAUGAGCACCCAGCAUUUCGACUGGCCAGUGAUGGCUGCUUGCGCUCUCUAGCGGUUGAGUUCCAAACCACACACUGCGCCCCAGGGGACCUCAUAUUCCACGCUGGCGAAAGUGUGGACACCCUUUGCUUUGUAGUAUCCGGGUCAUUGGAAGUUAUUCAGGACGACGAGGUCAUUGCCAUUCUCGGUAAGGGAGAUGUGUUUGGGGAUGUCUUCUGGAAGGAAGCCAAUCUGGCACAUGCUUGUGCCAAUGUGCGGGCUCUCACCUACUGCGACUUGCACGUAAUUCGGAGAGAUGCUCUGCUGAAGGUGUUGGAGUUCUACACAGCUUUUGCCAACACAUUCUCCCGCAACCUAAUUCUCACCUGCAAUUUGCGCAAACGGGGUGAUGGGGGUGGUAUUGUGGGUGACCCGGCCUAUAGAGAGCCUGUCCAGCGCUCUAAUGUCCACGGGAAUGGAGAGUGGCUGACUGGGGAUGCCCACCUCGGACGUCAGGAUACCAUCCAUAAAACUCUCAUCGGCCCCGGAGUCGAUGAGUACCCGUAG